GUUAGUUAGUCCGAUCGCUUCCCCCAGCAGUUAUGGUAACUUGGACGGCAGUGAGCGAGUGACGCGCGGUGGUUCAACUCCAUAACACGCGUCUCGUUGAAAGUUUGUUACCGAGAAGGUGCCUUUGAGGAACCGGGAGCGCAACUUUUUACGGGAUAUCCCUAUCUGUCUAACCGAGGAGAGCAACCUGUCGCCCGCUUGCCUGCCUGCUCUUUCCCCUCCCCAAGAUGUUGCUUUGUGGAUGGGACGGCGUCUCGUCCCGUUCGUCUGCGCACGUCUUCUAGCUCCCCCGGAGAAUCAAAUUUAACCCCCGGCGUGUCUCUUUUGUAGCGCUUCUGUUCACCGGGAAGAUGCACGUGUCCCUGGCAGAAGCCUUGGAGGUCCGAGGAGGUCCGCUCCAGGAGGAGGAGGUCUGGGCGGUGCUGAGCCAGAGCGCUGAAAGCCUCCAGGAGCUUUUUCACAAAGACCCUUCCGCGAUGGGCUUCAUCAUCUCCCCGUGGUCUCUCCUGCUCAUGCCUUCAGGCAACAUCUCCUUCACAGACGAGUACGUCACUCAACAGGACCUGAGAGCCUUCACCGCCCCCGAAGUCCUGGAGGGAAGCACCCUGACUUCUGUCUCUGACAUAGAAAAGAUGCACAUGUACUCUUUGGGGAUGACCCUAUAUUGGGGAGCCGACUAUGAGAUACCCCAAAGCCAGCCCAUGAAGUUGGGGGAACACCUGAACAGCCUCCUCCUCAACAUGUGCGACGAUGUCACAGUGAGCCGAAUGUCACUGCGCACGGUGCUGGACAUCUGCAGCAAACAUAUUCGAAACUCCACCUGUGACCCUCCGUUUUCGUAUGUUCGGAAGCUGGUCCGCUUGGUACUCGGGAGCCUUUCCCAGCUGGACGGUCUUCUAACUGACAGAGAGUCUCUGCCUGAGCGGAGUAAGGAAAUUCGGGAGAGGCUGAGGGGGAAAGGCUUGCCUUCAGGAAGGAGUGCAGCCCCCAGGGUGUUGGAGCGCUACCGGGCCAGGUCUCAGGAGCAGAGCUCUCUGAACCGGGGUCUCAGUCGCUCCAUGGGAUCCCUGUCGGUGCACGACAACAUGAGGGGGGCUGAAGGGGCUGCCCUCCAGUACCCCCACUGUGACUAUCACCCUGACUCGGAUUGUCCCGGCGAACUGUGCUCCGCGCUCGUCUCACUCCAGCACCAGCACGCCUACCCCUACCUGCACCCCCUUCACCCCCAGCAAAAAGGCCGACCUGUGGAGCUGGACCGCAGGUCUUUACCCUUUCACCCUACAGACCUGAGGGCAGUUCAAACCAGGAAGUCCUGGGCGUCCUCCGUGGACUUGGCCUGCAUCGACCCCGAGGCCCUUCGUUUCGGAGCUCUGGAGGACGCACGGCGAGGCAGCAACGCGUUAAGCACGCAAACAGUCGGCAGGACCAAAUCGCCGUUCAACCCAUCCAGAGAAAGGGACUCUCGCUGUUUUGAUCUUGGCGCUUUAAAAAAACGGAAUGCCCAUCACCUCUCUACCCCGUCAGUCAGCUCAGGCCUGCCCGGUACCUAUGACCUCAUCAAGGAGCGACAGAGGAAGCUGCAAAUACUGCGACAAGCCGUUGAUGAACCAAAUCUCACCCACCACCGGCACCACAGUGAUUACAGUUCCUCCAGUGAAAGCCCCUCGGUUGCCUCCUCCGAUCCAGACUACAGACAAGGGAAGAAAACGGCCGACGCGAGACGAUUCGGAUCACAUCUGGCGCUCUCCUCGGAACACGACUCCCUGUCCAUAACCAGUCACAACAGGCACAGGCAAUAUGAAGGAGCAGCUGAUGAAGGUUUAGCUGGAGCUGAGCUGCUCCUCCAGAAGCAGGAGGCGGAGGUGCAGCGUCUGCAGGCACAUCUGGCCAACAGGUUGUCCCGGGCCAACAUCUACACCUUGGACGACACACUAGCUCCUUCGCACGCUUCCAUGCUGGACCUCCAGGACCCACCGUACACGUCUCCCAUGCCGCUCCGUAAAGCCAAGCUGUUUCACGGACCAGAGUUUGUGAAGAUGGCCAGUGAGCCCAGCGUCGCCCUCACCGUUCCCUCUUCCAUAAUGAAGCGUAAAGGUGAGGAAGUGCAAAGGAAGCUGAGUGUGGUGUUACUGAGCGGCCAGAAGCUGGAGCUGACCUGUGACCUCAAGGCCUCGUGUAAAGACACGCUGGAUAUGGUGAUCGCUCACGUUGGCCUGGUCGAACGCCAUCUCUUUGGCUUAGCUUAUCUCACAGAAAAUGAGUUUUUCUUCGUUGAUCCUGACGUCAAGCUAUCGAAAGUGGCACCUGAGGCUUGGAAGAAGAAAUCUGAUGUGCCUUUUAACCUUUACCUCCGCAUCAAGUUUUUCCUUGAUGAUGUCAACCUAAUUCAACAUGCUAUGACCAAACAUCAGUACUAUCUCCAGCUGAGGAAGGACAUCCUGGAGGAGAGAAUGCGCUGCGACAUGGAAAAUGCCAUCUUGUUGGCCUCCAUCGCCUUGCAGGCGGAGUUUGGUGACUGCCAACCUGAGCAGCUUCUCGGGAAGACGUACUUCCGAGCUGAGCACUACUUGCCUGUGUCGGUCUUGGACAAGAUAGACCAGACGACCAUCAAGGAGGAGCUGCCAAAACUUCAUAGGAACUACUAUGGAGCACUUGAGUCAGAGGCCGAGUUUGAGUUCCUCAAGGUGAGCCAGAGGUUGCCCGAAUACGGUGUCCAUUUCCAUCGUGUGCUCCCCGAGAAGAGGUCCCAGACUGGCAUCAUGCUGGGCGUCUACACCAAAGGGGUUCUCAUUUUCGAGGUCCUGAAUGGAAAUCGAACCUCAGUGCUAAGGUUCCCUUGGAGGGAGACAAAGAAGAUUUCGUUCACUAAAAAGAAGAUUUGUCUUCAAAACACAUCAGAUGGAAUCAAGCACGUGUUCCAGACAGACAGCAGCAACACAUGUCAAUAUCUGCUUCAGCUCUGCUCUGACCAUCACAAGUUUCUCCAGCAGAUGAGGGCUCUCCAAAGCAACCAGGAGCUCCAGGACCUUGGUAUGAGCACACCCCUGACCGGCUUAAAGCAUUCCUCGGCUCGUCAGGGUGUGGUCAGCAGAGCUUUGAGCUCUGGCAGCCUGGCUCCUGCUCUGUCCACACACUCAAACCCAGAGCACCUGAAGAGAAUCUCCUACUCAGAGGUGGCUCUCAACAAGGCGCCGCCUGGCGCCUUCCUGAUCCAGGACCAGCUUAACUUUCCAGGGUUCCAUCCUGCAAAGGUACACCCCAAUCCCCGGCCCAUGAGCCGCUCACUUCACAACCUCGGCCAGACACUGGAGGCCUUGGAACAGAGCACAGCGGAACGAUAUAGCGGCGGCCUGGAUCGGAUUCUCCCCGGCCAGCGCGCCAGUUCAGACACAGACUCACUCUUGCACCAGACCAACACUCCAGCCUGGAGUCAAUUAGAGUCCAAAAGAGAAUCAGACUCCUCUUCUAUUGAAGAUGCGGGACAAGCUUAUGUGAUGGGGGUCAGUAUGCACAACUCCACUGGACUGCCAUCCACCCCUACCUCUGCUAAUGAUUCCCUGAAGAAAAAAGUCAACGCUUUGCCAUCUCCAGAGAAACAAAUCACAUCAGUAAGCCUGAAGAAAGAUGUGAAAUAUGGGCUUGGGUUCCAGGUGGUUGGUGGGGAGAACUCGGGUCUCACCGAAAUGAAUACUAUCAUCAGCUCAGUCACACCAGGGGGUCCCGCUGAUGUUAAUGGUCAUCUCAAACCCGGAGAUCGCCUAAUGGCUGUCAACGAUCUGUACCUGGAAGGGCUCUCUCACGCCGACACCAUUGAAGUGCUCCAAAAUGCUCCAGAUGAUGUUACCCUAGUGGUUUCGCAGCCCAAAGAGAGACUCUAUAAAGAGUCUUCAUCUGGCUCUUCUCCAAGCAAGACCAAGUCUGCAUUGGAGGAACUCAAGUCUGCUCAGCGAGAACUGGACGUUCCGUCAGCUGAUCACAUGACCUCCCGUCCCUUCCCAGCCCGACUCAGUUCCCCAACCUCCCAAGACAUAAUCAACAAUCCAACCCUCACUUCCAGCCAAGUCCAUCAGUGCCUUGAAAGGGCAACUACCACACUUGCAACCCCAAAUUCAUCCUCGGAUCCCCCGCCACCGGCGUUGCCUCCCAAAACUCGGAAGACCAAACUCUUAGAAGUUCCUAAGCUUUCCGAGUAUUCCGAUGGAGGGGAUUCUGACGUGGAUGAGGAGAGUCCCUCCAAAAGUCAAGAGAAACUAAUGGUCAAUAAGGACUACCACCCAGAACAUUUAAACGGUAAUGCCUCAGGUGUCAGUAGCCUCCGGCCCGGAGACCUAUUUGACAUUGAGCUGUCGAAAAAAGACAGCAGCCUGGGCAUAAGUGUCACGGUACUGUUCGGCAAGGGGGGAGCAAACACGACUAUUCAGCACGGUGGCAUCUACAUUAAGGCCGUCAUUCCCAAAGGAGCUGCAGAACUUGAUGGAAGGAUACUUAAAGGGGACCGUGUUGUGGCCGUCAACGGAAAAUCACUUGAGGGCGCCUCUCACCAGCAGGCUGUCGACGCUCUCAAGGACACGGGGCAGACGGUUCAUUUGUUGCUGGAGAGGGGUCACCCACCCACGGAAAGGAUCCACGCACCCGUCACUCCACAGUGCACACCGCUGCACUCCAGCAACAGCAGCCUCCGAGACGCUAGCAAGACUAAAGUAACGCCACAGGACCUCAAAGACAAGCCGGAGUAUAUUUUUUUAACGCCAGAUAAUGUAUUUGAGGUGCGACUGGUGAAGAACACCUCAGGACUGGGCUUCAGCUUCAGCCGGGAGGAGUACAUCCCAGACGAAUCUCCGGGCUCCAGUAUGGUGCGAGUGAAGAAACUGUUCCCCGGUCAGCCGGCUGCCGAGAGCGGCCGCAUCAACGUCGGCGAUGUCAUCAUGCGCGUCAAUAAAACACCCCUCAAAGGACUCUCCCAGCAUGAGGUAAUAUCAGCCUUGCGAGGAACGGGACAGGAAGUGACGUUGCGCCUCUGUAGACCGGAACCGGGCGUUCUUCCAGAGAUGGACAUCUCAUCUUUGACACCCAACCCAUCACCCCGUAAAGAGCCACUCCCCCCGGCAAAGCCUGAUCUCCCAAGGACCAAAUCAUUCCCUGUACAGGAUGACAGAAGUCAGAGCAGCGUGGAAGAAGCCCUGGAGAGACUGCGACUCAAAUCCAGUGACGGCACAGAGAACUUCCAGGAGAUGCCGCAUUUAAAGAAGUCCGAAAGUGUGGAGGACAUCGUGGACAAGUUGCAAGUCAAGAACCACGGCCGACGUAACAGCUACAGCGACAGCACGGACGGCGAUGAGGAGGUGGAGGAAGCGUUUAGUCCUAGCGCUCUGGAACUUGGUGGACAGACAUGGGACAGCAGUGUCUCCCAGACCCCGAGCGGCAGCAGCCUGGGACUCGGAUCUUAUGGAAGCAGCCGUCAGUUGGAAGACGGCGUCCAACCUGCUUUCUACUCGCCACAAAUGGCCAUGACCAGACUAGAACAAAGCAAGAGGAAUCAAAGAUCCUCCCUCCAACUCCCGUCCUCCCAUUCAGCCCCGAGUCCGGAUCCGCUUCCUCCCCCUCUGCCCAUGCCUUUACACCAGUCUUUGCCUACAAACGGUACAGAGAUGGACGAACUUCUCCCGGAAGUGGAGCUGAAGGUGUCACUAAUGAAAUCUGAAAAGGGCAGCCUUGGCUUUACGCUGACCAAAGGCAGCGAUCACGGUUGUUACAUCCAUGACAUUGUUCAGGAUCCCGCUAAAAGUGACGGACGGCUCAGGCCUGGCGACAGAAUGCUCAAGGUCAACCAGACGGACGUGAGCAGCAUGGGCCACACCGAGGUGGUAGAACUUGUGCGUUCAGAGCCUCGGGUAGUGAACUUGGUGGUGGGCAGGGUGUUAGAUGGCCCUAAACCCUACAUCGAUGCCCACCUCCUGCCCGAUAUCUGCUUUCGAGACAUCCACAAGCCGCUUGGUCUGGUGUUAGACGGCGGGAGGGACAGCGCGUACGGUCUCGUGUUUGUCAAGGACAUCCUCGCCGGAUCAGCGGCAUUGGACGAAGGCAGCUUGAGACCCCUGGAUGUCAUUCAUUACAUUAACGGUGCACCCACUCAGGAACUCACCCUCAGCGAGAACACCAGAUUGUUGGAACUUUCCUGUGAUGACCUGACUCUUAAAGCCACAAGGGAUGGCAACCCUGUACUUCCUGGGAAAACUGUUUCUACACUCAGUAGCAACGUCAGGUCCAAUGUAUCAUCUGGCAUAAAUGGGUUCCGCACAACAGAAGAUCCAAUGGAGAAUGAGUUUUUCUCAGUGCUGUCUUCUUUAGAAGAGGAGGUGAUCAAGCUAGAGCUGGACAAGCCGCACUCCGGGGGUCUCGGUUUCUCCGUGAUCGGAGGUGAGCGAGGCAUCUUCGUCAAGUCCAUCACAGCGGGCGGAGUCGCGGAGGCCUCGGGCAAGUUGCAAGUGGGCGACAGGCUUCUGAAAGUAAAUGAGGAGCCAAUGACUGGCAUCUCGCACACCAAAGCUGUCACCACCAUUCGCAAAGCUAAAGGCCUGGUCCGCCUGUUGGUGUCCAGGCCGCCUGACCAGAACCCCAGCACCUACCUGGCCUAUCUGCCCAUCAAUGGAAACGCAGAUCUAAGUGAGGACAGCGGGGUGAAGACCAAGUUGGGUAGUCCCCAUAAUUUACUCAAAUCCGAUUGUCCGCCAUUACCGCCGACCGACUAUGACGAAGGCCCGCCCCAUCCCACAAAGGAGCACAGUGCCGAACUCUCUGAAGACACGGACUACGACGGCUCCUCUUUGCCCGAAGACUCGCCUGAGGGUUCCCGUAAAGUUGAAUGGCUGGAGGAGAGCGUGGACACCCCCAGCAAUGAAAAUUAUCUGCAAAUGAGCGCUGGCCAGCUCGAAGAUGAUGACGUCAUCACGUGGGGAAGCGAUGAGCUGCCCAUUGAAAGCCUCAAUUCCAAAUUCAGUAAUGAUGGGCCGAUCAUCACAGAGGAAGAGAUGACUUCCUUGCCACUGGUUGAGGUGGUCCCCGACGGCCAGUACACGGGUCUCAAGCUCAACGGCGUCGUGCGCAUGAUGAAGGGCCUUCUGGACCAGAAAGUCCCCCAGCAGGAAUUUGAGAAUCUUCAAAAUCUUCAACCUCUGGACGACUGUUUGGUUGGCCAGACGAAGGAAAACAAGAGGAAGAACCGCUACAAGAAUAUUGUCCCUUUCGAUACCACACGAGUGGUGCUCGGCACAAAUGGCGGCUAUAUCAACGCCAACCACAUUAAGAUGGCCGUGAAGGACGAAGAAUUUGCAUACAUCGCCUGCCAGGGACCCUUGCCCACCACUAUGGGCGACUUCUGGCAGAUGGUGUGGGAGCAGAAGUCCAACGUGGUAGCCAUGAUGACGCAGGAGAUCGAGGGCGGCAAGGUGAAGUGCCAACGGUACUGGCCCGACUCACCGGGCACCACGGAGAUGGUGGAUCAGCGCCUGCAGGUCAAGUUGGUCAAAGACCAAUACCUGGACCACUUUGUCAUCCGGCUCGUGGAGGUCAAAGAUGUAACGACGGAUGAAACGCAGCUGGUGACGCACCUGAACUACACGGGCUGGCCCGACCACGGGACGCCGUCGCAGCCCGAGCAGCUGCUCACCUUCAUCUCCUACAUGAGGCAUGUGCACCGCUCGGGCCCCAUCAUCACGCACUGCAGCGCAGGCAUCGGACGCUCCGGAACGCUUAUUUGUAUCGACGUGGUCCUCGGUCUCAUCAGCAAGGACGCCGACUUUGAUAUUUCCGAUGUGGUACGAAACAUGAGACUCCAGCGAAAGGGAAUGGUCCAGACAGAGGACCAGUAUAUCUUCUGCUACAGGGUGAUCCACUAUGUCCUAGAAUGCCUUCAAGAUGAGAAGAACAUUUCAGGAUAGUCACUGAACACUAGCAGAAAAGGCCAAAUCAUGAAAUAUUUUAAAAAUACCGUAAAUAUGAAUUCCACUCAACCCUGAAAGAAAUUUAUAUUUUUUAUUGUAUGUUUGCUCUUUUUUUUUUUUUUUUUAAGUUCUCUUCCUUUUGGCUGCUACCCCUCACCCCCUCGUGCAAAGAUGAGAACUGCUGAUUGUAUUUCUUAUAUCGACCUAUAAGAGAACCCUCGUGUUUUUAUUUUCCAGAUAAAAUGAUUACAUGUGGACCAAUGACAUCAUAUUGUAUGUGGAACAAAAUUGUGACUAUUUUAAUUUUUUUUGUUUAUUGAUGCUGGAACUUGCCUUGACAGAAUACUAUGUCAGUAUUUGCUUUGCUCGCUGCCUGAAGCUACAUGGUGAACUUAAAUGUGUACAUAUUCAUCUGCUGAAAAUUAAAAUAGAUACAUUUU